AUGACAGAUAAAUUCAUAGAUAAGAUUGUCAAACGAAUCUUGGAUGAAAAUCAUCAGGUCCCUGGGAUAUCUGUCCCUCUUCAAACCGUGAUCCAUGAUCCUCCCAAGAGCAAUCAUAAUGAUGUUCACACUGCGGGUAGUGACAUUCACAUGACUGAAGAGAAGGACAAUGAAGAGGUUCAAGAAGAUGUCGAUAACACCAAUGUCACAGAGGAUGUCAAUAACAUCGGAAACUCUAAAGCUGAUGAUAGUCCAAGGGCAAAGGCUGGAAGAGGUACAAAUGUUGUGGAUUUAGAUGAAUACUCUAAUAAUAAUUUUCUUGCUACUGCAAACCUUAGUGUAGCCGAAAGACUCAUGACCAGGAGAAAAGACAAAGUUGUGAUUCAGAAUUCUCCUGUGAAGAAAGCUGCGGUUAAAAGCCCUUCCAAAGAUUCUAUCAAGAAGAAAAGUACCUCUGUAGGAUCUGUAAAAAGCAGAACUAAAAGUAUUGGAGUUGGUCCCUCAAAAUCUUGGAGCAAGGUUGUUCCAAAGAAAAGGAAGGCAAGAGCUGUUGAAGAAUCUGAGUCUGAUGUUGAGGUGAAUGUCCAUGACAUUCCAUUAAGGAAGAAGCUCACAACUAGCAAGCUUGCUACUAGUGUUCAUGAAGUUCCCAUUGACAAUGUAUCCUUCCACUUUGCUGUAAGUGCAAGCAGGUGGAAAUUUGUGUAUCACAAGAGACUGGCCCUUGAGAGGGAAUUGUCUCAAAAUUUGCGUGACUGUAAGGACAUAAUGGACUUGAUUGAGGCUGUUGGCCUAAUCAAAACUGUUGUCCAUCUGAGUAAAUGCUAUGAAACGCUGGUCAAAGAGUUCAUAGUAAACCCUUGA